GCUCUUCGACUCUUCCCUCAAAGGCUCAAACUGACAAACUCUCACUCUCUCAGUCUCCAUCCUAGAAACAAAAACGGAGAAGGAUCGGCCGCACCAAACAAUCACGGCACGUCUCCAGCGAGACGUUAAAGGUCUCCCUCGUCCUCGUCCUGUCACCAAACAAUCAGUGCGCGUAGUCCUCGUCUCGAUUGCAAAUCCUACAAAUCAAGUAAUAGAAUAUCAAAACCCAGACGAGCGAGACGACCUCCCUCAAAGUCUCACUCUCUCAGUCUCCUUCGAUUUGUGGAAUUGCUACCAAUGUUCUGGAGUUUUUUGGGUCUUGCAGUUCACUGAUAAGAGUAGUGAGUUUGGGAACUGUGGGGUUACAUCAGGGUUGGAGGUGUUAGGCUUCAUGUGUUUGGUCAAACAUAUGUUAUAUCGUAUGGAAAUGCUUUUUAUGUUUCCAGCACAUAUGGCUUAAAUUACAAUCGCCUUCAAAAUGCUUGUCAUAUCGAGGCAUCUAGCACUGUCUGUUUUAUUUGGUCAAGAUUCACUCUUUUACUGGAUCUGACUUAAAGACUUCGAAUAUCUCCAGUCCUCACGCACCCCAGCCCUUAAGUUCUAAACGGGGGAUGAUCAAUUCUUUGUGAAACUUUUGCUUAUCAAGAAGCCUCAGAAUUGAAAUAUGUCCGGUGGCCCUGGUCUUGAGUCACUUGUUGAUCAAACAAUUUCAGUUAUCACAAAUGAUGGACGCAAUAUUGUGGGUGUCUUGAAAGGCUUUGACCAGGCUACUAAUAUCAUUCUUGAUGAGUCUCAUGAACGUGUCUUCUCUACAAAGGAGGGUGUUCAGCAACUCGUGUUGGGAUUGUAUAUAAUCAGGGGCGACAACAUAAGCAUCGUUGGGGAACUAGAUGCGGAUCUUGAUUCAAGCCUUGACUGGUCGAAGAUGAGAGCGUAUCCUCUGAAGCCUGUCAUCCAUUGACUGAUCAUGAAAGCCAUAGAGAUGUUGUAGGCUCGAUGAGUAGAUUAUGGCGAACCGAACAAAUGUGUUACUUAUAGGUGUAUAAUGAUGGACAUUCGGGUUUGUAAUACUGAUUUGGUUUCUAAACUGUUGGAUUGCCAUUCUACUUAUGCGCUAGACAAUGAAUCGGUCAUAAUGUUCCUAUUCGUAUUCUUUUCUCGAGUGCUGAUGUAACAGAGCAGAAUUUACCAGCAAGAAUAUGACAGUGAUGGGGGUAAUUUUGAAUUCA